CUCCCAUCCUAGAAAGUUCUCACCUUCUUUUCCUCUUUCAUAAGUUUUAUUAUUUUUCUAAUAAUUUUUUUAUAGAUAAAUUAGAUUUUGAUAUUCAUCAGAGUCGGAACACACUUAAAAGUUCGGAAACUUACAAAGGGCUCAUUCAAAAAUCAUUAAAGUUGUUUUUUUUAUCAUCAAAAACAAGAAUUUUUCAAGCUGGGUUCUGAAGGUGUUAAGAAGAUGGGUUUAACUGAACCUAAGGUUGUUACUGGUCCUGCUGGUUAUGUACUUGAAGAUGUUCCUCACUUGUCUGAUUACAUUCCUGAUCUUCCUACAUAUCCUAAUCCUUUGCAAGACAACCCUGCUUACUCAGUUGUAAAGCAGUAUUUUGUGCAUGUUGAUGACACAGUUCCUCAGAAGGUUGUUGUUCACAAAGAUAGUCCAAGGGGAGUACAUUUCCGGCGCGCUGGACCUCGUCAGAAGGUGUAUUUUGAAUCAGAUGAAAUUCAAGCUGCAAUUGUUACAUGUGGAGGUCUAUGUCCUGGACUCAACACUGUGAUAAGGGAAUUAGUUUGUAGCUUACACCAUAUGUAUGGUGUGACUCGAGUUCUCGGAAUCGAGGGAGGAUAUAGGGGUUUCUACGCUCGCAAUACAAUCACUUUAACUCCUUCAAGUGUUAAUAAUAUACACAAGCGUGGAGGAACUAUUCUCGGUACUUCGCGAGGUGGACACGACACUAAUAAGAUAGUUGACAGUAUUCAAGAUCGCGGAAUCAACCAGGUUUAUAUCAUUGGAGGAGAUGGAACUCAGAGGGGUGCAUCUGUAAUUUUUGAGGAAGUCAGAAGGCGUGGUCUCAAAUGUGCGGUUGUAGGAAUCCCGAAAACCAUUGACAACGAUAUCCCAAUUAUUGACAAGUCUUUUGGCUUUGACACUGCUGUUGAGGAGGCUCAACGUGCUAUAAAUGCAGCACAUGUUGAAGCUGAAAGUUUUGAAAAUGGUAUCGGUGUUGUCAAGCUGAUGGGUCGAUACAGCGGAUUUAUUGCAAUGUAUGCUACUCUUGCAAGUAGAGAUGUUGACUGUUGCUUGAUUCCGGAGUCGCCGUUUUACCUCGAAGGUCCUGGUGGACUUUAUGAAUAUAUAGAUAGAAGGCUCAAGGAAAAUGGUCACAUGGUUAUCGUGAUUGCUGAAGGAGCGGGACAGGAACUUCUUACCGAGAGUCUGCAAUCCGGCAAGAAACAGGAUGCUUCUGGAAACAAACUUCUUCAAGAUGUUGGGCUAUGGAUAUCUCAAAGUAUUAAGGAUCAUUUUGCCAGAGAGAAGACCCUGCCCAUUACUCUCAAAUAUAUAGAUCCAACCUAUAUGAUCCGAGCUGUUCCAAGUAAUGCUUCUGACAAUGUAUACUGUACACUUCUUGCUCAAAGUGCUGUUCAUGGAGCAAUGGCAGGUUACACUGGCUAUACAAGUGGACUUGUCAACGGAAGACAAACUUAUAUACCUUUCUAUAGAAUCACAGAGAGACAGAACAAUGUUGUGAUAACUGAUAGAAUGUGGGCAAGGCUGUUAUCUUCAACAAAUCAACCUAGUUUUAUGGAGGUCAAGGUUUCCGAUGAAGACACAAAAGGCGAAAACUCAUUGGACGAAUUACCAGAUGGACAUUGUUCAGAAGACACUUCGGUUGAUGAAAUCACCCACAAUUUGGGAUGCUUAGCUCCGCUUGCGGUACCAGUCCUGCGUACGGGAGGGAUAUCCGGUGUUUAAAAAAAAUUACGGCACAGGCACUUCAACGGCCGCAAUUUCUCCACAAGUAUAUAUAUUAGAGUUUAUCAUUUUUGUCCUUCCAUGUCUAUAAAGGAUGGCUGUGGAAAUCUCAGCCUGACAUAAUCAUUAUAUUAGUUAGUUUAUAAUGAUUUACUAUCCUAUUACUUGUAUGCUCAAUAAUUUGAAUGGAUUCUGGUCUGUCCAGAAAUGAAACUUUGUUAGUUUGAAUGUAUUGUCCAUGUUUAAUGGCAACCAUUGCAUACUGUAGGAAAGAAUCAAAUGAGUUAAA